UUGUGCUAAAUCAAGUGUAUACUUGACGACUACAAACAUAUGACACGCAAAAAGUUUACUCGGAAUUAGUUCUUCAAAUGCAUUCAGCUGUUAUAUAUUUCUUUUAUUAAAUCUUAGUUGCCAGUUCGCACAGAAAUCUUAUUUAAACAUCAUUUAGUUUAUAUUUAUGAUUGGGUUUUGCUACAGAGUUAUCUCUUAUACGCAAAUGGAAAAAACGGGUUAUAAUAGUUGGACCAGUUGGUUAACUGUAAUAGCUUGUUCAAUUGUAGUUUUUUUUGUCGGAGUACCGAUGCGUUUAUCUGGAUUAUUCUUUGUGAUUCUUUUAGAUGGUUAUGACACCGAUAGGCAAAAAGCAUCUAUGCCUAUAGUAAUAUUUGGUGUAUUACGAACGUUAACAGGUCCUUUCACUGCAUUUUUAGGUGAAACAUUUGGGAUUAAAGUUGUUAUAUUAGCUGGAAGUAUUUUUACAGCAGUAGGAAUAGGAAGUUGCUUUUUUGCUGAGGACAUUAAUACUGCCACUAUUUGCAUUGGUUUUAUUUAUGGUUUUGGAUUAGCUUUUGGUUGCACGCUUGUACCUUCCAUUUUAAAGCUGCAUUUCACAGAGCACAUAAAUCUCGUCAAUGGUAUAUGGUUAACUGGAUCAUGCAUGGGUGCAGUUGUCAUGUCACCAGUAAUAACAUCGCUUCAAAGCGCAUACGGCACGAACGGGAUGUUCUUACUUAUAGGAGGAAUAUUUCUAAAUUGUAUUCCUGCUGCCAUUCUCUUAGAAGAUCCACAUAAUGAUAGACGGAAAUGUAAAAUAGAAGAGAAUUAUCUUGCAGAUAACUCGCAAAUAACUACAUAUCACCAAAAUCCUACAUUUGUCUCAGAUGAAAAAAAUCUUGCCGCAGAAACAGUUAUCCAAUCACCGGUCGAUUCCUUCCAAAGCAAGAAAAACUAUGGAACAUCAAAAAAAGCAGAAGAUAUAAUCCAUGGUAGCUGCGCCAAGGAAUCAGUUGUAUUAGUAGAGAAAAACAAUAAAAAUUAUAAUUAUGUUUUCAUGGAGCUUAAUGGAAUAGAUUCGACUUAUGAUUGUCCACAUAAAAUCUUAUCCAAUCAAGCGGAUUUUCCAGUUUCGCAAAACAUCAAACUCACGAAAUAUACUAAAAGACAACUGUCCUUUAAAGAGUUUGAAAAUAGUUUGUCGUCAGACGGGAACGACAUGAAGAAAGUAAUUCAACCAGACGAAACAAAGAUAGCUAUAAAAAGCAAAAACAAAUUUUCUUGGAACUCGUUUCGAUUAUUUAUUGAUCCUACGUUCCAUUUUAUAAUGAUUGUACAAAGUAUUCACGCCUUUGUCACCACCUUAAACUGGACUAUUAUUGUUGAUUAUGGUAGAGACAAAGGCAUUUCAAUUGAAAAGUCUGUGUAUUUUUCCAUGGUUAUCCCGUUUGCUGAAAUGUUUGGAAACAUGUGCUUGAAUUGGAUCACAGACGGUCAUUUCAUGACAAGAACGAAUUUUAUUUUAACUUGUUUUCUAAUAUUGGUAUUAGAUGCCGGUUAUAUCAUUUGGACCUAUGACUUCCUAUUGAUGAUGAUUGGAGUUCUAGUUUUCGGCUUUAUAACUGGUGCUGUUGCCACAACAUUUCCAGGAAUAAUUAUGGAACAAAUUGAAGAAGAGCAACAAAAUAUGGCUCUGGCCUCUCGAUUCAGCCUGUAUGCAUUUCUUUGUGUUUUAAAAACUCCAAUAAUAGGAUUUUGCCGAGAAACUUUGGGAUCUUAUGGCUGGGUAUAUUGCAUCAUAAUGGCUAGUAGUUUCACUUGCUGCAUAGUUGUGAAACUCACACCUGUUCUAGCAUUAUGUAGAAAUAAUGCUAAGCAGUUAAAUGAAAAUGCGUAGACCAGGUUUUUCUGAGAUGGCCUGAUCACUGCAUUAUUGUGAGUACUAAGUUGUGCUACUAACUUUGACUAAGCACUAAGGAGUAGUGUAACCAAUGAUACAAAGGCGUAAUAUUCUUUGAGAUGGUAAAAAUAUUUACUGAUAACCAUCACCAUUUAGCGUCUACAUUUCUAUUGUCUCUCUUUAUAGUACCACAAUAAUUGUCAUUCUUGUUAAUUUUUUAAUGAAUUUAAAUUAUUUAUAUUUGACAUUGUACUUGUAUGUUGCAUAUUCUUUACAAGUGGCUAGGAAAGGGUUUUAGACUUAUUUUACAAUAUUUUAUAACGUUUAUUCUGACUUUGACUUUAAACUAUAUGAUCCUGUAUAAACAAAAGGUGCUUGAUUCAUUAAUCAGAACCAAAAUGGUCCAUCUCAUUCUUUUUUUAAAAGAAAGAACAAAUUCACCCUAAGAUAAUUCUAGGAUAUCUUGCUUCCAAAUGCUUCAAGAGCUUCGAAACUUCCGGAAAGUAAGCAAGGCUUUAAUCACAAAAAAUUGUCGCCAAGAUCACCUAAAUGGUCAUAAAUUUGAUGACGACCACACUGUCAAUGAUAGUUCCUUUUUUUCGAGUUAUUGAAUGCUGUUAAAAUUCGCAAAGUCAUUAAGCUAAAAAGUGAGUUCUUGAAGAAAAUAAUUUUGUGGUAAAAAAAAAUACAGAUUCGUUAUGUUAAAUCAAAACUAGACAAGAAACUCAUAUUUCUUUUAAAGAACAUUUUUCAUGUUGUAUAAUGUUAUUGUUCACUCAGUUAUUGUAAUGAAGAAAGCUGUAUACACUAUUAAAUACGGUUUUAUGUCAAACUAAUUUGCCGCAACCUUCAUGACGUAUCUGACAUCUGAGUGAAACAAUCCUUUAUACACUUAUCUAUAAUAUAGUAUAGUUUAAUCUGAACUAAGUAACUUACCUUUAAUAGUAUAGUUUAAUCUGAAGUAUAUGGUUCAACCUGUUUGCCUUAUUGAAACUGCAUCAAAUUUGACAGAUAUUUUUCACCAUUGUUGUUUCCAAUCACAGCUGUGAUAGCGGAGCUAUACCAGAUCCAUGAGGCCGUGAGUCUUCAAAAAAUCGAGGAAAAGGAGAGGUCUCUCAAGAACCUCUUCCAUGGUGAAAUCCAGGCAAUCAAGUAGAUGGCGAGGACAAGCCUUGCUGGAGUUGCACUUUUUACAAGUUGGAAAAAGUUUAUUUUGUCCACUGAAAACGAGGCUCUUAGUAUGCCCCCUGACAAAUCUACAGGUAGCGGUUUGGUCGGCACGUGUACCCUGAAGGUCAAGGGCUCCUCCAGGACGCUUGCGGGGAUUCCAAUUGUGAUCCGGUAUCCAUGAAUUUGUUCAACAUUGAACCUAUUUAUUGAACCUUUUUUAAUAUAUUAAUAAAAUUGUGAACUCGGGGGCUAAAUAUAAAUGUUUUUUAACCUAUACUGCUUAACUACAAAAUAUUUCUUGAAGCUGGUAUGAACAAGUAGUAAUGAUAUAUACUUAUAGUACUGGUAUAUAUUAUAUUCCAGGAAUAUACACAUUAAAGGCCUCAAAUCAAUAUUUAAGCAAUGAACAAAAAAAUUAUUUUAUAUCUAACUAGAUAAGACGACGUUAAAAACAAGUUGGUUAUACUAUAUAGAGUUGCCUUGAGGUGUUUUCGAUAAUUGCGUUUCAACUUGUUUCAACAUCUUCUUUAAAUAGAUUGUGAUGUUUUCAGUUCUGUUUGCCCCAGUAGUGAAUUGGAGAGAAUAUGCACAAUAUACAAUGGAUACCCUCACACGUAGAUAUAUCAGGCAAUAAAAUGGUAGAUAGUCUUGCCAAGGCAGGUGCAGCUGAGGCCACUGCGCCUCCAGUGUCUCUUACAUCCUCAGAGCUCUUCUCCAUUGCUAAAACCUAAAAUCAAUCAGACAAAGACCGUCAGUUUCAAACCGCCAUCACACGUCUCCGCUGUGGACACCUGAAAUCACUGAGGUACUCUGGGGGAGAAAAGUGCUUUGCCCUCUGUACCAAGUGCUCUUCGGCCCAGGCAUCCCCUGAACAUCUACUGGACUGCCUCGGUCUUUUAAAACAAGACCUAAUUGAAAGACCCUUACUUUUUUUUGACUUUUUGAAGGUGAAAAAUCUCAUGGACCUUGUCUAGCUAGGCUAGAAAUGGGGAUUUGAAAGAAGAAGAAGAAGACAGUAGUGAAUUGUUAGAUUCCAAAAAUAAAACUUCUGUUUUAAAUAUU